AUGGCCUGCUCCUGCCAUGAAAAAGUGGAUCCGCAGCGAUUGCGGAUAAAAUUGGCAAAUGAGUGGUUUAGAGACGGCGUCGUAUCAGAAAAAACCCCAACGUUGUACUGCGCCUCGUGUGAAAGCCCGGGGAACGUGUCGUCUGGCAAGAAACAAAUCAAAAAAAUUUUACGCGUGCUUUCCUUUUCCAAAUCGAGGGAAGAUGCGGAUGCUGCGGGGGAGGGCGCCAUGGAGGAACUCUUCAUGUGUCUCUCAUGCACCAGGUGUUUCUGCGCGCAACAUGCAAAGGCCCAUGAGGAGGAAGAGAACAGGGACAUUGCGGAUAGCGGCAAUCGCCGUGGAAAACGUCACUACCUUUUUUUUGCUGUUCCACGUUGUGCAAAAGCGAUGAAGACUUCGUCCGCGCCAGGGAAAAACAGGUCGGUGUUCCCAAAGUUUGAGGUAGAUGGCCUUGAGCAAAUACGCGAGUCUGGCGCCCUGACGCUGGAAAAGGAGAGAGAGAUUACAUUUCGUCCAGUCGGUGAUUCACAAGGCUGGGUUUAUCAUUUAUGGUGUAUGUUUUGCAGCGAGAAGCCAGCACCAGUUUCCUCCCGGGAUAUUUCGGGACGUGACAAACUCCACGUGCAUAUCGAGCAGAUAGGUGGCGUUAUUGCAAGACUCCUUUUCCUCUUGUACGAGGGAAUUGCAAUUGAAAUUCCCGUCGAAGGGUCUGCAUUACUCCAGAGCAACACCCACUUAGGGGACCACGUGUCGCAUGAACACAGCGAUAGGGAUCUUUACCUCACCCGUGAUGUUAUACAAAAUAUGGAUACAUUCAAGAGUCCUACGUCUUCAGUUGGGGCAUCCUCUUUUGUAUUCCGAGGAUCAAAGGUAAGGUUGGAUGAGUUGGUCUUAGCACAUGUUGCCGGUAUGGAGAAUCGUUUUAACAAUUGCUACUUUAACUCGGUGUUACAAUGUGUUUUGAAGUGUAGUUUUUUUACGCGUUUACUGCUUGAUCCGAAUCUGAAACCAAUGCCAGGCCCACUAACUCGUUGUCUGUACGAUAUAGCUCUUCACCUUAGUAAACAAACCGCUAAUGAUGUGAGGACACAUGCACUAUAUCCAUAUGCGCGGGAGGUACUGAAUUGUUUGCGCGCAAUCUCACCCCUUUUUGCGAAUCAUGAUCAACAAGAUUCCCAGGAGCUCUUUUUGUGCAUGGUCAAUGGGGUGGCGGAUGAGUUUGACAAGGGCAAAUCCGAGGAGGAGAAGCAACGGGGUCGACGGUUACCCUUCGAGGGGGUUAUUCGCACGGAGGUUGCCUGUUCGCAGUGUAAGAGCCGCUUUCCACGUGAGGAGGUGUUUAUGGCCCUCUCUGUUCCCGUUGAGUCCUCUCUAGAGGAGGGGCUUCGCAAACUCUUUCAGACGGUAAAACUGCAGGAAAAAAAUCAAUACGCAUGUGAGGAGUGUUUUAAACGGUUGGCGGAAAAGGAACAAGAGCGACAUAACGCGGCCAUCAAAGCCGAGAAUCACCGAAAGACGAAAUCCAAGAGGAAGGCGGCGGCGGCGGAGGAAAAGCGGAGUCUGAACUGCGUAUAUUCCGACGCUGAUGUAUCGACUUCCAUCAGUCGUCUGGGCGGCACACUCGCCCUGCACCUGCUGCGAUUUCAAUUGGACGGUAGCGACUUCCAGAAGGUUACGCGCAACGUGGCAUUUCCCUUGUCUCUCGAUUUGAAGAAUUUUGUUUCAGACGAGGUUCGACAUGAGUACGCACGGGCGCACGACCUUUCUGAUUUGCAGGCACGUUUCCCGCACAAACGAAGUGAUAUUUUGCUUUCCUGCUUGAAAUCCGCGAAUGGCGACCUUGAGGAGGCGGUGCGGAUGUUGACGGACACGGAAGAAGGAGAGGUCCUGAGCCCCGCGGAAGAUGCCCUGCUGGGGUCAAAGGCGGGGCAGACACCAUUGUGUGCCUCCGGUGCAAGGGACAGCGCGUGCCAUAGCAGUGGGCACAAGACCCGCGGCAUGGGCUGUGUGGGUGAACCGUCACCGCCCUUCGCGAGGGCAACAAAUGGUGCGAUGGAACGGCAGGAGUGGCUCCCGUCGCUUAGGAGAGAGCUCGUUGGCAUUGUGGCGCACCGCGGUUUCCUGCACGGUGGCCACUACGUUGCAUACGUGCGACAUGACAAGCAGCACAACACCUGGUUCCGCUGCGAUGACGAGGAAGUGGAAAGAGUCGACGAGGAAUACGUUCUGCGUUGUCAAUCCGAUGUGUAUAUGUUGUUUUACGAGUAG